AUGUAUAUAGAAGCAUCCAGCCCAAGACAACCAGGUGAUAACGCAAAAUUGUACAGUCCUCUAAUGAAAUUCUUUGGGAAUAUGUGCCUUCAGUUCUAUUACCAUAUGUCUGGUGCAACAACUGGAAGCCUGAAUGUCACCGUAAGUGGGAACUUAGUGUUCUCUGCACGUGGUGAUAAAAGAGACAUGUGGCGUAAAGCCAGCGUAAAUGUAUCAGCUAUCGAGGGAUUGCAUAGGGUAAGCCAUGCGUUAUUUUUGUGUUUCUUCUAACAACAACAAUAACAACAACCGAAUCUUUAUUUUUAUCAACUCAUUGCUUAACAAUAAAUUAGGAUAAUGAAAAUAUUGAAAGUAAAAUUAGAAUUUAAGAGUGGUUGUCAGAGAAAACCGGGCAAAAUGUUAAAAAUGUUAACGGAAGGGGGUCAACAGAAUAAGUUCAUACUAACAUCAUAGAUAGGUCUGGUGGAGUAAUGGACAAAUAUACCAAACAUUGGUUCUUCACUGCUCUUGUAUUAGAGAAACGAGCAUCACUUUAUUCGACCCCCUUGGACGCCAUUUUUAUAAGCAAAUUUUCACCAUUUUCUGAAACUCACAGAACCUUCAAAAUUUAACGAGCGAAGUUUAUUUUUUGUAUGCGAUACAACACAUCACAGAACUACUUUCUAAAACUAUAAGAUUUGUUAAGUAGCCACCGUCAAGACUAAAAUUUUCUUAUUUUAUCUGACCUAAACUCAGUGUCUGCAAACGAGCAAAAAAUCGGGCAUUUUUGAAUUGAUCUACAGCGCACAAAACACUAAUAAUCAUUUUGGCCAUUGAAACAGGAAGAAAUUAGAAAACUCACAUUUGCCCUUAUACGUACUAUUUUUGACAAAAGGUACCCUUUCGUGUAUCUUCCAUUAAAAAGUUGCACCCUUUUCAUAUAUCUACUUCGUGAGAAUAAAUCGGUAAAAAAGGAGCUCUUCCGGUCAUUUUCGCGUAACCUUUAACUGAAUUACCGUGUAAAUGACAUUGCCAUAAGAAGUGUUUCUUCGAAACAUUUUUAAUAGAAGGCCCUUUAGAAUACUUAAUGAAAGAUUUUCCUCUCCUUUCACAAACUUCAACUUGUGGUUUUCAUGAUUAUUAGUGUUUUGGUUACAUGGAUGAUAGUAGACUGCAAUUUGGCUGUCAGAGUUGUUCUGUGACAACCAUUCUUAAACUUUAAUGACCCCAUCAAUGGUGGUAAAACGCCGUUCUCUGAGAGCGGUAAUUAGGGAAGCCAACCGGGUUGGGAGCCAUAAGCCAUCAAUAGUUGACUUUAUUGUGCUUACCGUUGAAAGUAUGUUACAACUGUUUACAACUGAUAGUUUUCGCCAAUCCUGGCCAUCAUUCGCGGUUAUUUAGUUAAAUUUAUAUAAACUACGUAGAUUCCUAUCUGCGAUCCUUAAGUGGUAGUAAUUUCAGUUUUACUGCAAGCACGUUCAGUAACAAGACUUUUCUGGUCUGAAGGGUGCGCAGGUCCACCAUCUAGAGGACGUCAUUCGGUUCUCGGGUCUAUGUUCUCCGAAUCUUGCUUUAGCCAUAAGUUUCUGUACUUCGGUCUGUAAUGAAAAACGAAAAAAGUCGAUAAGACUACAUCCGUUAUAAUGCUUCAUCUUUACCAUUAAUUAUAAAUUAAGCACACAUGAAAUAUAAGUGAUAGUACCGUUUGGUAACAUUGUUUAGUCAUAGCAAGAUUAUUCUUUCUUACUCAUAGUGAUGCAAGUAAGUCCAUAAAUGUAGUGCAUAAUAUGAUGCACUUGGUGUUUCCGACAUUUCCUUAUUUCUAUUGUUAAGUUUGUAGUUUUUUGACAAAUUCGAAGAUAAUUUUUCAUUAAUUUCAAGACAUUAAUAACAACAGCGACUCUUCCGGACUGAUUGCACCUUUGACAGGUAACAUUUGAAGGCGUAGUGGGAAGCAGUUUCACUGGUGACAUAGCAAUUGACGACUUCUCCUUGACAGCAGGGUCAUGUCCUUAUGGUAAGUUUUUUGACUAA